GGGCAACGGAAGCGAAGGAGGGGGGGAUUCAUUUCAAGCUUCAGACCCAAGCGCGCUUCCCGGGGAGAGAGGGCCUGAGGCGGCGGCGGCGGCGCUGGGGAGCCCGACUCCCAUCCGCGCCAGCCAGCCUGGCCAAUGUUCAGGAGUGAGGGCAGUUGAAAAGUGCAGCAACAUCUUGCUUUCUCUUUCCCCAGUUUCGUGGGGGGGUUUUUUCUGCUUCUGCAGAAAAAUAGACUUGCAGUCAAACGGGAACACGGGAGUCAUACACAGCACUGCGCUGAGGGUUGGAGACCAGCGUAAGGGGGUCAGGAGCACCUUCGCUUUGCUUGGAAUCCCUUCUUAUCUGAUCCAUUUGCCUAGGCGUGCAGCAGGCGGCUUUGAUCGCCAGUGCCUCCUAGAGAGGAGCUGCGCUUGGCAUCCCGAUGCUCAUGCUCACCCCUCCUCCCCUUUAUGCCCCUUUCCUCUUUGGGGCACGCCAGCCGCGCUCGGAUUCUUUCGAACGCGCCUGCGCGUUCCUUCCGCUCAUUUCUCUCCCCACCCCGCCUCCUGGUCGCUGCCGCCCUCAAGAAAGCUGGCGCCCGAGGUAACCGCCGAGCGGCGCAGCGGCUGCUUCGGAUGACGCGAAAGAGGCGCGCCGCUCGAUGAAGCGAGCGAAGGGGCACAGCUCGGCUCGGGAGAACUUCUGGAGCGGUAAGUUGCCGGUCCGCCAGCGUCGCCCUCGAGGGGAAGGGCAGCCCUGGGAAGGAGCCCAGAGCCGCUGGGCUGAGGGGGUCGGAGGAGGCGGCGUCGCUACGGCUGUUCGUACCGCUACGGGCGGCAGGCAGGGCUUUCUCCUUCCCGCUCCCCCUUCCCGCCCUUCGGACCCGUAACGUCAGGACGAGGGUUUGGCGGGUCUGUGGGCCGCGAGUUGGGCCCGGUAGCCUCCCGCCCGCUUGCCUCGCUCCCGCUUUUCCCUCCAGCGGAAACGCGGCCGGCGGGGAGGGGCGCCCUUCUUUCCCGGCGGCUGCGGGAUGGCCAUGUCGCCGGUCUCCCGCCUCCGCCCGGCUGCGGUGUCUGCUGCUCGUGCGGUUUCCCAGUCCAUGGGAACUAAUGAGGAGGAUCCUAGCUAGUGGCCCUAAGGUAGGUUGCUUCUUCUCGGCCACACGUGCUCCUCCUGCAGCUCCUCCCGAUUCUGUGCAUGCACUCUACUUGGAAGCAAGUCCCAGUCCGCUGAAUGGGGCUCCUGCACCGGUGUCGGAGAUGGUCGGAGGGAGAGAGGAGAAUAAUCACCUUUCUGGGUCUCUGCACGUUUUUCUCCAAGUCGUUUUGGCACACACGAUUCCGAGAAGCACUGGAUGAUUCUGUGCAAUUUAGGAAGCUGUCCUGGUCCUUUGCCAUCCUAAAAAUGUUUCGCAAGCAAGGGCCAGUGAAAUGUAGUUUGCUGCAUUACUCUUCAACUAGUAGCAAUGAGUCCAAAUUGCCAUAGUUUAACAUACUCAGUUGAAACAGGUUACAUUUCCGUGGGCUCAAGAUCACAGAAUCAUAGAAUUGUAGGGUUGGAAGGGACACCGAGGAUCAUCUGGUCCAACUGCCUGCAGUGCCAGUCAGAUGCACUGAUCCAUUGCGCCACAGAGAUUGCUAGGCAGUUGUUGCUUGGGUUAUAAUCCUAAACUUACUGGCAGUUAAGUGCCAUUUGAACUGUUGUAGUGUGUAAUAGAUAUCAGUGAAACUCAUCUAUUGGGUGGUUGAUGUCAGUCUCUUUAGAAAGAUAUUUAAUUGUGAAACCUGCAGUGGGUACUUAACUGUCUUGAACUAUUUCUCCAGCUCUUUCACAUAUAUUCCUAUACAAAUAUAACUUUCUCUAAACAUAUGAAUAGAGGGAGCUGUAGACCACAAGGAGUGGUGAUUGACUGUGCUCAUUUUAUAAGAGUUUAUACAUGUUUUUAUUUCUGCUUAGAUGUCAGUAUUGUGUGUGUGCACUGUUAAUGUAUGUUGAAUGUUUUUUGUAUUUGAUGAAAGUUAUAAAUAGAGGAUGACAAAGUCAAUUUGCAAACAGCUGUAAUAUGCAAUGGUUGCACUCCUUUACACUCGCCUAAUUCUUUCAAUCUUAACAUGUUAAAUGCUACCCACACUUAUUAUGUAGCAGUAUAACAAUAACUGUAGGUGUAUCUGCAGCUGGAAAGAUUAUCCUGCUUUGACACUGAUAUAUUUGUGGCAUUUGGCAAGACUAUUCUAAUCCCUGGUGUAGUUCUGUGUCAGUGGAAUAAAAAUAGUGCUGUUUGGAUGGCAGCCUUCAGUGAGUACUUCUAUAAAACACUCCUUGAGGAAGCAAGGUUUGUAUAGCUUCAUUACUGAAGCAAUAUAGUCCAUUCUGUAAAAUAGCUUAUUCAAAGUAUUGAUGUAUGGAGGUGCUUCACAAUGUUUCUGGGUUGUUUUUUACUAGGCCUUUAAGCUGUUGGUUUCUGGAUGAAACAAUCAUUUCCUGGGAUGUUGACAAAUGAUGCUACUAGACCGGGGUUUCCAGAUUGCAGUCAGUGGACCACCAGUGGUCUGCGACAUGUCUGCAUUAAUUACUCAUACUGAUUUUUAUUUUUAUUUUGCUGCCUUUAUUUCUUAUAUUAUAUUAGAUUGUAUUACAACUUGAAUUCUGUGGAGUUCAAAUUGCAAUAAAAUACAGGCAAGGGGGAAUAAAUUAAAACACACACACACAAAAUGCAUAGUACCACACAUUCCAGUUGCUACAGCAAGCAAAAAAAUCAUUAAGUGAUCUGCCAAGGCCAUAAAUAAUUUUCAAGUAGCCCAUUGGCUGGGGUGGGGAAGUGCGGAAUGGAAACCACUAUACUAGAUAGUGAUGUUCUCGUGGUGUUCAUAAUCUAAGAGCAGCCAUGCUGGAAUCAAAGAUCUGUGUACAGCAGCUUAUUUUAUCUAGUCACCAGCCAGAUGCUUUUGGGAAGGCUGAUGGAGGGCAUGUAGGCAUGUUGUCUCUUCUUCCAGGCCACUGUUAUAUUGCUGCCUCUCAGCCUGUAUGAUCCACAUAGAAAUGAUUGGCUGAUAGCCAUUGAUAGACUUGUCCCUCAUAAACUACUGGUAGUUGAAUCCUUCUUUAAAGCAAGCUGAGUUAAUGCUGAGUUGUAGCAGUGAAUUUCAUUGCAGUACUAGUUUCUCAUUUCACUGAAUCUUCUUCCAAUCAGUUUUUUUAAGGGUGUCCCAAACCCAAGUGUUAGGUGAACGAAAUGAAAUACACUCUUUCAUUUUGUCCACACUAUGCAUACUUUUAUAAAUGUGUAUUGUGCUGCACCUUUUACAGUUAUACAAUUUCUUCCCAAGAUGGGACAAUCAGAAACCUACACAGUAGUUCAAGUGAAUAUAUGCAGCCAUAUACUUGUACCCAUAAAUUAUAAUAUUGACAGUUUUUUAACUGACAUUUAAUAUGCAUACACGGAACAUACGUUAUUUCUUAAUUCAAUUUAAAGUACAUUUGUUGUUGUAUAGUCGUUUAGUCGUGUCUGACUCUUCGUGACCCCAUGGCCCAGAACACGCCAGACACUUCUGUCUUCCACUGCCUCCCGCAGUUUGGCCAAACUCAUGCUGGUAGCUUCGCGAACACUAUCCAACCAUCUCAUCCUCUGUUGUCCCCUUCUCCUUGUGCCCUCCAUCUUUCCCAACAUCAGGGUCUUUUCCAGGGUGUCUUCUCUUCUCAUGAGGUGGCCAAAGUAUUGGAGCCUUAGCUUCACAAUCUGUCCUUCUAGUAAGCACUCAGGGCUGAUUUCCUUAAAAAUAGAUAGGUCUGAUCUUCUUGCAGUCCAUGGGACUCUCAAGAGUCUCCUCCAGCACCAUAAUUCAAAAGCAUCAAUUCUUUGGCGAUCAGCCUUCUUUAGAGCCAGGGCUUUCUCGGCUGCGGCUCCAAUCUGGUGGAACGCUCUGUCACAAGAGACUAGGGCCCUGCGGGACCUGACAUCUUUCCGCAGGGCCUGCAAGACAGAGUUGUUCCACCAGGCCUUUGGUCAGGGCCCAGCCUGACUCCCACCUCCGGCAACCUGCACAGAACUUUGCUUAACGGUUGCCAUUAAUUUGAUUUUAAUUAAUUUUAUAAUGAAAUGUUUUAGAAUGUUGAUUAUUUGAUUGUUUGAUUAUGUGUUUGUUGUUAGCCGCCCUGAGCCUGGCUUUGGCUGGGGAGGGCGGGAUAUAAAUAAAAUUUAUUAUUAUUAUUAUUAUUAUUAUGGUCCAGCUCUCACUUCCAUACAUCACUACUGGGAAAACCAUAGGCUUAACUAUACAAACCUUUGUUGGCAAGGUGAUGUCUCUGCUUUUUAAGAUGCUGUCUAGGUUUGCCAUCGCUUUUCUCCCAAGAAGCAGGCAUCUUUAAAUUUCAUGGCUGCUGUUACCAUCUGCAGUGAUCGUGGAGCCCAAGAAAGUAAAAUCUCUCACUGGCUCCAUUUCUUCCCCUUCUAUUUGCCAUGAGGUGAUGGGCCCAGUGGCCAUGAUCUUCGUUUUUUUGAUGUUGAGCUUCAAACCAUAUUUUGCGCUCUCCUCUUUCACCUUCAUUAAAAGGUUCUUUAAUUCCUCCUCACUUUCUGCCAUCAAGGUUGUGUCAUCUGCAUAUCUGAGGUUGUAGAUAUUUCUUCCGGCAAUCUUAAUUCCAGCUAGGGAUUCAUCCAGCCCAGCCUUUCGCAUGAUGAAUUCUGCAUAUAAGUUAAAUAAGCAGGGAGACAAUAUAUAGCCUUGUCGUACUCCUUUCCCAAUUUUGAACCAAUCAGUUGUUCCAUAUCCAGUUCUAACUGUAGCUUCUUGUCCCACAUAGAGAUUUCUCAGGAGACAGAUGAGGUGAUCAGGCACUCCCAUUUCUUUAAGAACUUGCCAUAGUUUGCUGUGGUCGACACAGUCAAAGGCUUUUGCAUAGUCAAUUAAGCAGAAGUAGAUGUCUUUCUGGAACUCUCUAGCUUUCUCCAUAAUCCAGGGCAUGCUUGCAAUUAAUGUUAAAGCCAACAUAUUUCUACUUUCCUUUAGUAGGGAGUAAGUUUUAUUGAAAUCAUUGGACUUAUUUCAUAGUAAACAACCUUAGAAUUGCAUUUUUGCUCUCUUAAACUCACUCAGUUUUAUUGUGCAGUUUUGAUCUAUUCUUUCCAUGUAGGCGUUUUUGGAGUUUGCCAGUCUUUGGCCAUAAGCAGUCAUCAAUAAACAAUUAUUAAGGGAUAAUGUUCUCUCAAUACAGGUGCAUGCACGUGACUUCUCAAAAUAGUUUCACACUCAGUGAUACAGCUAGACAUUUUAUUAUUAUGUUUCCUCACAAUUUUUGAUGUCUUAUUUUAUGUUCAUUUCCAAAUAACCCAUAGCAUGGAUUUUUGCCUUUUUCUUUCCUGACAUGCCCUGAGUUGGUUUCAUUGAGCUGUGCAACACAACCCCAAUAUUUUUUCUGGUUAGACAACCAGCAUUAGAAAUGACACCUUAAACCUAUGUUGUGGUUGCCACCACGGAAUAUCUAGGCACCAUAGUUUUUUUAGAAUGAGACUUAUUAUUAAUAAUAAUAAUUCCAUUUCUAUGCCACUUUAUAUUUUAAAGAAAAAAUCUCAAACAGGUUGAUAACACAUUAAAGCAUCAACUAAAGCAAUCCAGUAUAAAGCAAAUUCAAGUUUCAAGGAAAACAUUUCAGAUCCUUUUCUAACUGCUGCCUACUAUUCAGCCAAGGGAUAUAAUAAUCAGUUUCAAGCUUUAUUCCAAAAAGGAUCUCUUGAUGUCAUGCCCCUUUUAGAGGAAUGCUCUUUGAAGGAUGACCUUGAGCUCUCCAAGGCAAACAUUCAGGAGAAGCAUCCUGUAUCAAGGGACUGCAAGGCAGAGCAGGGGGAUGCAGGCACUUCAGGGGUCACAUCAACCCACCCUCCUCUCAAGUUAGCUAGCUAUUUAUUUCUAUUUUCAGUGUGAAAAAUGUUUAUGUAAUCUGAUACUUAUUAUUUACUUGUUGCACUCCUGAUUUUGGCUUUUUGCUUGUCCUGGCCAGGCUGGUGCAGUGGCUAGUAUGUUGAGUUUGGACCUCCAAAUCUUUUCUCAGAUAAUGAAUGUCAUCAAAAGAACUUGGGAAUAACACUCUGUCUCAGCUGAAGCUCACCGUCUAUGGGGUAUACAAAGUAAUAAUAUAAUAACCUCAGUUUGCUUAUUACUUAACAUUCUUUAAAAGUUCAGGUAUGAACAGAAUAGAAAUUUUAAGUUGCAGUAUUACUGGGUCAAAGAAGAAACCAAGUUGUAAGCACUUGAUUUCUUUUUAGGUAUCAUUAUUUUCCUUCCAAACUGAGGUAUUUGGGUUGGGUAGCUAAACUGAUCGUGUAUUCUCCUUUGUCCUGCUUCAAAGGCAAUUGUCAUCACAGAUCUCAUCUGUCUGUUAGGCUUAUGCUUUUUGCUUACUUCAAAAACCAAUUUAUUCAGUAUGUGGGAGAUCUGAAAGGGGAUUUGUCAUUGCAGAUUCUUAGAACUGGCACCCAAAAGCUAUUCUGCAAGCAGGCCCAUGCAUAUAAUACUGGAAGAAGCACACUUGACAGCAUUGUUUGGACAACAGAAAUACAUUUUGUGACUAUAAAAUACAGCAGUGUUGUGUGUUUCUUAAUUUUACUGCAAGGCAUGCAUUUCAUUAAACUUGUUUCUCUCUUUCAGACUUAUGAUCCUCCUCUUAGACACUUGGAAGCUGAAGUCCUUUCAAAUAUGUCAAGACAGGCUGCAUACCUUGUUGGGAUGCUUUAGGAAGUGACUCUCAAGGCAGAUGGUGUGAAACUGCUUUUCUGGACGGGGUUUCUGUAAAUACUUGUCACUUGACUGGACACCGGACUGCUGCCAUGGAUCAAAACAACAGUUUACCACCCUACGCCCAGGGUUUAGCAUCCCCUCAGGUAAAGAUGUGCGAAUUUUGCAGCUUAUUAGGAAACACAGAUUUCAAAAUUAUUUACCCAGUGAAAAGUGAUGCAAUGUUGUAGGCACUAGAUCUUCCUCCUCUCAUCUUUUUUCUCGGUGGGCUUGCUUCAAACUCUUUUGAAUCACAUCUUAUCUAUCUAUCAUCUAUCUAUCUAUGCCUGCCUGCCAAGAUUACAGGGUGGUUUUACCUCUCCCUUCUCACCACAGGCCGGAACAUGCUCUGGCCCUACCUUUUGCUCUGCCUCUUCAGUGGCCUCAGUGAAAGGGUAGUUGGCAAAGGAGGCAAGAAAUACCACUGGCCCUUAUAACAGCCAUUGCCCUAAGUGGCGGCAUGCUUGCUGAUGGAGCAGUCCCUGCCACAAACCUACUACAGCCUCCUUCAAUGAUAGCCAAGAAUGCUUUUCUUGGACCCUCUCUGUUUUUUUGACUCUCUGGAAGCCAGUUCCUUGGCAAGAGCUGAAAAUAUUGGAGGCACUUCUUCCCUUCCUGCUUCAUUCUUGUUUACUUUUUGAGUGGGUGAAGCAUUAAAGACACAGACUCCUCCAUACUGACUUCCUAACUACCCAAACUCAAUGUCCAGCAUUUUGUGUCUUUGAUGUACCCUUGGCCUGAAAGGUGUGUGUGUGAGAGGAGAGAGGGAGGAGACUCUUAUUUCAUUUAAUUUCAAAAUAUAGUCUCAAUUUAUAAUUAUGGUUUAGACUUGAAUCCUUUUUCAAAAUAUCUCAGUUAAAGUGAACAAUGUGUGUCUAGAUGGUUAUUUGUAUUCUGGAAAUUCCAAACUCUGCCCCCCUUCUGUUGUUUUGUAAUUUUGUCAUAAUGCAAUUUGAUUGAAGGGAACAAUAAGCAAACAAUAGUUUGUUUGUUUGUUUGUUUAUUUAGAGUAUUUAUAUACCGUUUUUCAGGUGGACUUCACAUAAGAUUAUUACAACAAUAAGCAUCCCCUUCUUAAAAAAGAAGCUGCAAUAGAAUGGAUGGGACAACUUGUUUAGAAUAAACUGUUACCGCUUCUUCUCCCCUCAGGGCAAGAUGGUCCUUCAGACAUCCCUGUGAUGAAAGUUGAGAGAAGGGAAAGUAGCAAAACACUGCAGGAUUGCUUAAAAAGAACUGUUCUGCAUACUUGGAAUUUGCUGAUCUUUUUUUAAAGAGUAUGACAUGUACAACUGAAUUUAUUUUAAUUAGCUUCAACUAGUAAUUCCCAAACUGUGUUCCAGGCAUGGGGUAUACUAGUGUUCCUUGAGGGAUGCAUUUUGAAAUAAUAGAUGCAAUUCAGCACUGCACUCUUCUAGUUGUUCCACCUGCAAAAACAUUUCAGCUUGCUAGACAGAAAGAUCCCACCUCUCUCUCCCAACCUCCCCAGAGCCAAUGUUGGGGCACAAGGGGAAGUGGCGAGGAAGCACCAUGAUGCAAGCAGAAGUUCUUGUGCAGGGCUUCUGCUGAUGGCACUGAGUAGGUGACUCCUGCCCAACUGCAUGUUCUGAACCCAAAGCAGCUGUCCAGCAGGGGCUUCAUUGCUUCAUGUUUUUACUGCUCUGUUCUUCCCUUGAUUUUAUUUUGCUUUCUGGUGGGCAUUCUCUAGUGGUGGGCAACUCCGACACCUCUCUACAUUGUAUUUGGAUAAUUCGGGCAGAAAUAUUUGGGACACUUACUUAGGAGCAAGCCUCACUGAACACAGUUGGGCUUUCUUCUGAGUAAACAUGCAUAGGAAUGUAGUGUCCGUCAUCCCAGAUGCAAAGACACAGAACUACCAGCCUCAGGGAAGGAAUGCUGAAAUGAAAGGGAAGCGCUCCUUUGAGUAGGUAGUUAUUACUUUUACAGGUUCUGAAAAUCAACCAUUAAGGAUAUAAGAGCACUGCAUGCCUUUAAUUUUAAGGGAAAGUUCCUCAGCCAAAGAGAAGCACUGAUUUAAAAGUAUCCUAGUGCUAAUGAAAGCAUUUUUUUUAAUAUGAUUUUUAUUAAUUUUCCAAUAAAAACUAAUUUAUAACAUUAUUAAACAUCAAAAACUCAUCACACAUCUUUUUUUCUUUUAGACUUCCAUCAACAUGUCUGAUAAUUUUCCGUAAUUAUCACAAAUCUUCACAUUUCUUAAUUUAUAUUACACUAUAUAUAUCUUAUCUUACCAUGUUGUUUAAACAAUAUUUCUACCAAAUCUUCUUACAGAGCUUCUUGAAAACUUACAAACGUUAUAUCAUUAUCACAAAUAUUUUUAAUAUAUUCUGUAAAUUUACUCCAGUCCUCAGUGAAUCUUUGGUCUCGUUGGUUGCAAAUCCUCCCUGUCAAUCUGUCCAGUUCCACGUAAUCCAUUAAUUUCGAUCUCCAUUCUUCAAUCGUAGGCAUUUCUUCUUGUUUCCAUUUCUGGGCCAAAAGAGUUCUGGCUGCUGUUACUGCAUACAGAAAUCCUUUCUGAUCGUUCCUUUUUAUUUCACCACCUAAUAUUCCUAAUGGAAAUGCUUCUAGUUUUUUAACAAAUGUAUAUUUCAGUAUUUUCUUCCCUUCAUCAUUAUAUAUCAUUUCCCAGAAGCACUUCAUUUUUUUACAUUCCCACCACAUAUGAUAAAAUGUCCCUUCUUUCUCCUUACAUUUCCAACAUUUAUUACUCACCCUAUACAUCUUUAUGAAAGCAUAUUUGAGAGAAAUCCAGUUUUGAUCUACACCCCCCCUUUCCUUUAUUAUAGUAACUGAAUGUCAAUUUCAGCCCUAUUAUAAGAGUCCAAGUAAAAUAAGAUGAUAACAAUGCCUUGGAGAAUACACAUGGUAAUAUACUCAUUCUGGAGGAUCCUAGCUACUGUUUCAGUGCAAUCCUGUGCAUGUUUAUUCAAAGGUAAAGCACAUUGUGUCCAGUGGGUCUUACUCCCAGGUUAGUAUGCAUUGGAUUGCACCAUUGGUAUGAAAAUAGAAUUGGCUGUUUUUAAAGCAACUUCACUAAUACUUAAUCCUCUUCUUGAUGGUUCAAAAACAUCUGUGGUCGGUAGCAUUCUCUAAUUCUCUUCUCUUUUUUUAGGGUGCGAUGACUCCCGGCAUCCCUAUAUUUAGUCCCAUGAUGCCCUAUGGCACGGGGCUCACACCCCAACCUGUUCAAAGCACCAACAGCUUAUCUAUUCUGGAAGAGCAACAGAGGCAACAGCAGCAAGCAGCAGCACAACAGUCCACAUCACAAUCCACACAGGGUGCAUCCGGUCAAACGCCGCAACUCUUCCACUCACAGACACUUACUACAGCCCCUUUACCAGGAACCACACCUCUCUACCCCUCUCCGAUGACCCCCAUGACCCCAAUAACUCCUGCAACACCUGCCUCUGAAAGCUCUGGGAUUGUACCACAGCUACAGUGAGUGUGUAGUCUUCUCUUCUCCCUCCCAUGACCCUGCAAUAUUUUUAAAUAAUGACUGUAAGCUCCUGUAACCUUCUGAUCUUGGCUAGCAAAUCUAUCUUCUUUGAUUGACUAGGGCCAAGCAACUAGUGUUAAGCAGCAAUAAUAAAGUACCUUUUAAUGGCAGCAUCUUAACUAAAAACCUCUGAAUAGUUGACAUAUCCCUCGCUUCUCGGACAUCUCAAAUAAGCCUCACAACAUUUGCAAAAGAUGCUCAGGCUUUAGCUCAUGUUUUGGAAUGUGGAACUUCUUAGGAAUGUGACAGCUAUAGAGUUCCUCUGCAUGCCUGUGCUCUGAACUGGUUCACAGAUGGGGAGUUCAUGAGCACUCUCGAUUGUUUGAUUGUUCUUAGAGGCUAUAAGGCAGGAGGUUCCCCUAAUAUGUUGACCAUUAACUGUUAAUGUACAUCAAUGUGGGACUGAGGGGGCUCCUGUAGUUUUACAAUAGUUCAAUUCUUUGUUGUGUUCAGAGACAAUACGAUAGCACCCUUCAAAUAUUUGUCACAGCUUUGAUGGACCAAAUGUAUUUCCUGCUGUUCCAGAGGGUAGGACCCAAAUCAAUGGGUUCACUGUGCGAAAAUGGAACAGUUCAUUGUGGUGUAGUAGACUUUCCUUUGUUGGAGAUUGAGUGUGUGUGUGUGUGUGUGUGUGUGUGUGUGUGUGAGAGAGAGAGAGAGAGAGAGAGAGGGAGAGGGAGAGAGAGAGACAACAGACAGACUAAUCUUGAAAAUAUAUAUUCAUAAUAACUGUAACCAUAUAAAUCAGUAGGGUGUGUUUACAUGAAAAUUGGCACGAGACAGUAACUGAACUCACGAGUCAAAGUUAUCCCGGUUGUAAAUCUUACAAGGCUGAGUUGUGUCCUGGUAUUCUAGUUACUACUUGCUUAAAUGCAGUUGCAUAGUAGGGGAUACAUUCAAAAUUUGGAAAAAAAUCUAGCUUGCCUAGCAUGUCUUUGAAUUGUCUUUAGGAAUAUUGUGUCUACAGUGAAUCUUGGUUGCAAACUGGACCUCAAAACCAUUGCCCUUCGUGCUCGAAAUGCUGAAUACAACCCCAAGGUAAGGUAUAAUGGAGAGUCGAUAGCCAUUACUUGAUGCUUCUGUUUCUGAUUGCCCAUGGGUCCAGCAUGAAUCUCUUUUAGCUUUCUCAUGGCUGGGGAGCCCCCAGUCUACAGGUCCCAAAUUGGUCUCUGGGGCUGUUUCCCCAAACCAAGCCCACCUGCCCCACACCUGACAUCAUAUGUCAGGAGUUGGACAUAGGCAGUUCCACUAGAACAGAUAAUUCACCUGGUGGAUCGAGUUUGGCAAUUUCCUAUCUUUACUCUUUAAAGAAGGUAAAACAAUAAACCUAGCAGAAUUGGUAGAAAGGAUGCAAAAGUCACUUGCAAAGGUAUUCCUAAAAGGGGAGUGACAAUUUUUACCUCUCCAAAAGCUCCUUGGCAAAAGUAAUAUUUUGAGUUGUCCAUUGCAUAUUGACCAUAUUCAGAUGGUAUGUGAAAUCAGUUUAGUGUGUGAGGAGUGAGCCUUGAGCUCACAUAAUUCUCUCCCAUUUGUUUCUCCUGGGAUGUCUGCAAGGAGUGGAGAAGCUUUCCUUCCCAUUUUUGCUUCUUCAGUUUGUGCUUUCUGAACUGACAAGCUGUCAUUAAUAUUGACUAUGGUUAGUUUGAAACAAGUCAACAGAGCCUUCAGGGGGUUAAAUAAAAAAGGAAAAGGUCCAUGAGGUUGUGGGGUAUUGUAUGGUGAUGGGAAGGGAAGUAUUUUUCCUAGUGUUUACCAGUUCAUUUUAAAGGAUUAGUGGUGGAGAAUGCAGUCUUUCAACUGUCCAGGGGAGUUCUGCACCUCUAAAGAAUUGUUGGGGAAACCCAACUUCCUCUGCAUAUUUACUGGGGGUAGAGGCAAAAAUGGAUAAGACUGGCACUUCUGUUCUGGUAGAUAACUGUUGCUCACAUUUGGAGAUUAGUCUCUAUAUAGUAAAAAAUGACACUUUGUUGAAGAAAACUUUUUUUUUAGUGUUGAAUCUAAGGAAGAACCUGCUACAAUAAAAAUGUUAAACACUUAAUAAAAAAAUAAAACACUUAAAACAAUUUGUAGCAGAGUGAGUUUGCAGUACUCCUUGGAAUAUUUUUAACAAGCCUUCUGAAUAGUCACAUUUGGGCUGCAAUUUGUGGGUUAUAUAUCUUAAAGUGGAAAUGAAGGCUGUUUAUACAGCAAGAUAAAUAAUCCCUUUUGGAAUGUGAGGUCUAUACGCUUAUUCCUGAAGUAGUUGAUUAUAAAUGCUUGCAAAAUUAUAAAGAUGACUGAGGAGUGAAUUAUAAUAUAGAGGUUGUCGCAGCUUCAAAAAUUACUUACUAAUAUUUCUUGGGAUUCUUGUAGUAACAUCAUUUUAUUUUAUUUUAUUUUGUAUUUCAGCGUUUUGCUGCUGUAAUCAUGAGAAUAAGAGAGCCACGUACCACCGCCCUCAUAUUCAGUUCUGGGAAAAUGGUGUGUACAGGGGCAAAGAGGUAUGUGAGUCCAUGGAGUAUCUCAUUUCACUUGGGGGUUGACAGUCCAGCUCCCCAAGCACAUUUACUGCACACACAUGCACCAUAUACAACAUUUUGUUAUUAUUUACUUGGUAAAAUUACAGUGACUUCUUUUUCCCCAGUGAGGAGCAGUCCAGGUUAGCUGCCAGGAAGUAUGCCAGAGUUGUGCAGAAAUUAGGCUUUCCAGCCAAAUUCUUGGAUUUUAAGAUUCAGAAUAUGGUGGGCAGCUGUGAUGUGAAAUUCCCCAUCAGGCUCGAAGGAUUGGUACUUACGCAUCAACAGUUUAGCAGGUAGGUAAAAGGUUAUUGUACCCAAGUGGUAAAUAAAACGUGCCACAAAAUACAAGUGGAUACGGCAACAUAUUCUCUUGUUAUUAUCUCCGCCAUUUUAAUUUUUUUUGUUAGUAUGUUUAAUCAUUGCUUUGGAUCUUCCAUAGUAUCCUGAAUUAGGUGUAUGCAAAUGAGAAGGAUUGCUUGUCAAGCUGUAGCCAAUUUAGGACAUUCUGUGGGUUGGAUCCAGGUAAAAGUGCAUAGCAGAAGGCUGGUUAAUUUCCCCACACCUCUCACCAAAAACCUUCUCCAUGAAGAAGGACAGGCAUCCACUGAAAUCGAGCAGAGGCACUUUCAGUGAGCACUGAUCACAUUUGCAAAAGGUGCAUGUAUCCAGUUUUUGGAGAUUUCCUAUUCAGCAGAGUCCCCUGACCCCUGGGAGAAGCACCGAGUCAACUUCUGUCAGUGUCCUACUGCACACUUUUCUCAGAUCCAACCCUGUAUCUAUAAAGUUUUGUAGACAAGAAUUACUACACUUGAGACUUCUUCCAUUUGCUAAUAUUUUAUGAUGUAAUGAUUUUAUUGUAUAUAGCCGUAUUUUAAAUAAGCUGGUCGUUUACAGACAAGUGUCUCUCAAAAAGGGGGAUGGGGAAUAGACUGGUCUCAUGAAGUCUUGGGGACUAAUGGUGUACAUUGCUAGCUGAGUAGCCAAAGAAAUCUGUAUGAAAACCUUUUUAAAUGUCAGCUCCCCAUAAAGAGCUUGAAACAGGAGAUGGUUCAACAGUUAGCUUAAGCCAUAUUUUGUCAUUCUUAUACAAAAUAUGUCGUAUAUUUUGCAGGAAAUGUCUGCUUUGGUGUAUCAGCCACAAGAUUUAGUAAUAACAAAAAUUAACAUGGCAAGAGAAAUAAAAUGACUUUCACUUACAGACAUCUCAUUCAACCCACACUAGCUUAAGUUUCAUUUAAAGAUUUUGCCUGUUUAUUCUUUUCUUCCAGUUAUGAGCCAGAAUUGUUUCCUGGUUUAAUUUACAGAAUGAUCAAGCCAAGAAUUGUCCUGCUUAUAUUUGUUUCUGGGAAGGUAGUUUUAACAGGUAAGUUACAUAUGACAUUUCUGCAUUGAGUUAAAUUGCAGUGCCAACAGGGGUGCCUAAUAGUAAUGAUUUCAUGAAAAUCCAAAUUAUUUUAAUGUUGGCUUAGUCAUUUUUUGAAGUGUUGGUGUUUUGGUAUUGCAAAUGUGCUACAACUUCUGUCGAUGAACUCUUCUAAGAGUCUACAACUAUGAACCAACUGCACAAAUAAGAGAUUUGACCCAUGCACUUCCUCCCUUUUCCUGUCCACAUUACAGGACAGGACACCCUGCCUCAUGCUCUGUAAAAAAAAGGGGGGGUACAUUGUAGGUUUUUUUUAAAAAAAAUGUGAUUGUAUAACUAAUGCUUUUCCUUCUAGGUGCAAAAGUCAGAGCUGAAAUCUACGAAGCAUUUGAAAAUAUAUAUCCUAUUUUAAAAGGAUUCAGAAAGACAACGUAACAGUUCCUCAUGCUCAUCCAAGACGCUGGGGAACAUUUUUAAGUUACUGAUUAUGGCACAGCAGUAAAAGGAGACUUACAGACUGCAGCAUCAGGCCUUGGAACAUUUUCCCAGUUAGUGCCUAAUUACCAGAUCUCCAUGGGGAGGGUGUUUGUGUUACGUCUAUACUGAGUUACCGUGAGUUGCUUCACUCGGCUCUCCUUAGAGAAACAACUCGACUUAUUUAUAUUUCUAGCUUUUAAACAGUUUUAACAUCUAUUUUUUAAAAAAUCGGAAACCUUACGCUGGCAAAUUGGUUAAACCGUGUUACUCAACAUUUAACAGUUUUCUUACAGUAUUCUUUCAACCAUGAAUUUUAUAAUCAGAAACUUUGAUUCUACAUUUUUAGACCACCUUUCACAUUCCCUGUUUUCAGUAUUCAGCAGGACAGAAAGUUGCUAAUGAAAACUGAUGGUUGUAUAUAUAUUCCUCUAUUUGGGAAGCAAUUUUUUGAGUUCUAAAUGUAUAAAUACAUGCUGCUUUUGAAAAUUGGGGAAAGAAUUUGAAGAGUAAAAGCCUGUGAUUAACCUGAUUGGCUUCUGCUGCUGUUUUAAUGUGCUAAAUGCAUGCUUGUAGCUUUCAGUGUAUUGAAUUGGUUUUUAUAAGAUUUCUUAACAAUCCAGUAUUAAAGCAAUGUGUUUUGCCUUUUAAAUUACUUUCUGUGUGUUUCUUAAGUAUCUUUUAAAAAAAAGUUUAGCAUAUAAGCUAUAGCUUAGUUCACACAUUUUCUGGAACUGGUGGUCAAUUCAUGUAGUGGUGGAGCAGGCUUGCAGCCCUAUAGGGAUAAGAACAAUUUCAAAUGGGUAGCACCAUUUAAACACCUGGUCAUAUGGAGCACCCAGUUACCUCCAUGGUGGAGGGAAGUUUGUUCUUUUACUGAGCAUAGGGGGAUGCUUUGGAGAAAUCUAGCUCUAAAAUUAAAGGUAUAAAAAUAAGACUACUGUCUGAAAAAUCUUACCUAGCUGCCAGCAUGGCAAAGUUUCACUACAAUAUAAUAAAGCUACCUUAGCUAAUGGUUUUAUUAAAACAAAAAGG